AUUGAGAUAAAGAUGAAAAAAAAUUUAAUGGCUAAGCUUAGUGAAUUGGCACGAAAAGAAAUAGUCGAAGAAGAUCUAAAUGAUGAAAUAAACAAUUUCUUUCAAAGUCCCCCUGAGCAAAGAUUAACUGACCCUAUUAAGAGUUCUCCUAAACAAAGGUUGACCGACCCUAUUAAGAGUUCUCCUGAACAAAGAUCAACUGACCCCAUUAAGAGUUCUCCUAAACAAAGAUCAACAAACCAGAUUAAGAGACACAAACAACAAAAAAAACAGGGUACAGAACUAAUUUCAAACACUGGUAAUAUCUCUAAUAGAAACCAUAUAUGUCAACUAUAUAACAUUAAAAUUUCUGAAAACUUUAAACAAAUGUGUCACGCCGAGGAAGAUUUAGAUUAUAUACCAAUAUCUGAGGAUGAUAGUUCUGAUUAUGCACUAAGUGAUAUAGAAGAUCAAAAUCCUCCACCUUUAGAAUUACCACAAGUUGAUAAGACAUUUGCAGAGUCUAUGAUAUGCUUCUCAAAUAUGUGUGUUGAAGUUCAAACAAAAAGCAAACUAAGACAAAUCUUAAACACCACGUCUUUUCUAAAUAAAGAUGAGCCUUAUAAUCGUAAAACUCACUAUGAUGCAGAUCUUACUGAUUUUAAAGAUCCAAAUAAACCAUUACAAAAGCAACACCUCGAAUCCUGGUUCGAUAUAAAUGUGUGGUCUCUAAUCAUUGAUCACAGUCUUCGAAAUGUAAUAGGAAUGGAAACCGUCAGAAAAGAAUCGUCAAGUGACGCUGUGUCCAUGAGAAAGAAUCGAAAGAGAGCACAUACUCGUCACAGAAAAGUGGAGUGUAAGAAGAUGGGAUACCGAAUGGAUGGUAUACUUCGAAUGUAUAUUGACAAUGUAGAGUAUAGAGCAAUGGAAGUUGCCAAAAAAUUUGAAACAACAAAAUUACUUUCUGAUGGAUAUAAAUUAGGAAAGCUAUGCAUAAUAUACUUAUAUGCCUUAGCCAAAAAGUCUAUUUUGAGGAAGCAAGAUAGCCCUAAGGGAUAUGUGUUAAUAUUAAAAAGGGAAAAACUUCUUGAAGUAUCAGCUAAAGUUGAUAAAAUUAAAGAUCUUAUCAGGGUCUUGGCCAAUGUAUGGAUAUUGAAA